AUGACCGCACAAGAAGCAAGAUAUUUGAUAGCUCGAUCGGUUACUAAUAAAGAUGACUUGAAAGGAUUUCUACUAUUUCAAAUGGUGCAAGAGGAGCUCAUGGACGAAGACAUGAUGGCCAACUGUACAUACUGUUAUGAGCUACAAUUGACAGAAAAUGCCAGAAAUCAUGGAUUAGGCGAGUUUUUAAUGAACUUACUGUAUCAAAUUGGUUGUUAUUGGAAGAUGGACAAAGUCAUGCUGACUGUCUUUAAAGCAAACGAAGGUGCAUUCAAAUUUUAUACAAAGAAAUUAGGUUUUAAGCUGGAUGAGAUAUCUCCUGGUGCUUGUCUUCCUCGAUAUAAGGCAAAACAUUUCGAUUACGAGCUGCUGAGCAAACCCUGUAAAUAA